UCCGGGCCUUCAGUGACCUGCGGGACAGAUCAACAGCCGGGUUGUUGCUGAGCCUUUUCCCCUCCCCGGCCGAGCACGCGUGACGGGGCUGCUCGUUGACCCGUACUAGACACGUCCCGUCCCUCCUUUGGUGAUGCUGUGUUCGUGUUGGUUCUCCUCACAAACUGGCGAGUGUGGAAGCCUGCCCAAAAAGUGUAUUUUGCACAAGACAGACUGCUGAAAAAUGUGCCCUGAAACAUAUCACAUGCUUUGGUCGAUGUAGUGACGAAAUAUUACGUUAGUGACUGUCGGCAGUAAUGGUGACAGGGUGACCUGCGCCGUGUUUUGAAAAUAGAUUUCAAAAUUCUACGAAGGGACACCGCUACAAGUGCUCCAGAACGAAAGCAUUUGACUGAAUUAAUAAAGCAACAAACUGCCUCAGAGCAAAGAUUGUAAGGACGUCCAGCACACCCGAGUCGAGGAGCACUGGACGCGUUUAUUGUCUGGCUCCUUAGAACAGCACAGCAACAGCGCGAUGAAGUAUGUGCAUGGUGUCAGCAGGUGAUCACACGAGAACAAAACAACAAACAACGAAAGUACAAAUUCAAGAAAAUCGAUAGUAAAUGAAAAUACAAGUCCAAUGAAAUGAUGAAUAAGCGUCAACAGGUGUGUGAGUGACUCAGGUGAGAAAAGAAACAAAAACAAAACAGUUAUCAAUUCAUGAAGGGAGAAAAUAAGGAAAAAUGAAAAGACAAACUCAGUGAAAUGACAAGUAAAUGAACCACCGAUUCCUUUGUACUUCCAGGCCUCAGGAGGUGUGACUCAGGUGAAAAAAAAAAAAACAUCAAAAAUUACAUAGGCGAACAAAAACACAUUGGACGCCCAUUUGAACCAGCAGGCAUGGGCGGGGGGGCUAGGCACAGGGGGAGGGGCAGCCACCCCCCCACACCCACACCCACGGGGGACUAGAGCCAUGCCCACGGACUCCCCCCCUCCCUAAUGGACGGGGAUACUCGGGGCACUCCCUCACCCCUCCCCACCACCCCCACCGACCCCCUUACGCCCCCCUUGAGAACCCCAGCGCCCCCCACCACACACGGGGAUGUGACAGCAAGGGGUGGGGGGUCCUCGGGGGGCAAAGAACCCAUAUGGAACUGGUGGGGGGAGCUGAAUGUCACAUGGGGGGCGGAGGGGGGCGGAAGGGGGACUCAUGGAAAUUGGAGCAUAGAAAAUGGGACCUGGAACCUGGAUGUGGAGGAGUGGGGCGGGGAGGGGAACUGGACGGCCCCCCACGGGAACUGGAGUGUGAACGAGACCUUGGCGGGGGGCGGGGGGGCGGCCCUUGACCCCCACCUACUGGUCACGGCCACCACCGCCCUCGUGCUGGGGGUCAUGAUCCUGGCAACCAUCGUGGGUGAGUACUGACCUGACCCCUGUGUGACCUUAACCUGUGACCUAAUCUAACGGAAUUUUCACUUCAUGACCUUCAGUUCUC